GAAGGGGAACUAAACGUUACUGAGGCCCCGAACGCUCGACACAGAGAAAGUUGGUGUGAGGUCAGAACGGAGCGCGCGAAACCGGGGACUGGGCGAGAAACCGGCGCGGAGAGAACGGAAAAGCUGCGCGCGGGCCGCCGGCACCGAUGAGUGCCACACAUUGUGGUUCUGACGAGUUGGACUUCAGGCUCAUAUUCGGGGAGGAGGCGACACAGCCCUUAGGACCGGCAGUUUUGACGAAUUUAUGAAGACAUGUCUGUGUAGACCUAGGCAUGUGUGGUAGAUCUUCAGUCUGAUGACAGUGCAUCAUUUUUUAUCUUCAAUGUAGACCAGCCUUUAUCAGCAGUGAACCAGCCUAUUUCCAUCUCUCAGCAUGGACCUCAACAUCACUGCUCCACGCGCUCUCCUUCUUCCUGCUUCCAAGGUUAUAAACCUUAUGGCACCAAUGAAAUGCAGAAUUUUAAGUACAGUCAGACUGGAGGUCCAAAGCCAUUUGAAUGUCCCAGCAUUCAGAUUACAUCAAUAUCUCCUAACUGCCAGCAAGACGCUGAAACUGCAGAGGAACUCCACAACAAUUGCUCAGAAAGUGAAUACAAUGAAAGACCAUCCCGUGACCACCUCUACCUCCAUCUUGAGCCGUCUUAUAGGGAGCCAUCAUUAAGUCCAAGCCCUGGUAGCAGCAUUUCCUCCAGGAGCUGGUUCUCAGAUGCUUCAUCUUGUGAAUCUAUUUCACACAUCUAUGAUGAUGUGGAUUCAGAGCUCAAUGAGGCUGCGGCACGAUUCACUUUGGGUUCUCCAUUAGCAUCACCUAGCUGUUCUCCCAGAGGGUUUCCAGGGGAUGAAACAUGGCAGUUGGGCUAUGGUGCAUCUCUGUCUCCCAGACAGUCCCCAUGCCACUCUCCCAGAACUAGCAUUACUGAUGAGAAUUGGCUAAGCCCACGACCCACGUCUAGGCCUUCAUCCAGGCCUACCUCUCCUUGUGGCAAGAGACGACACUCCAGUGCAGAUAUCUGCUAUCAAAGCCCUGCUUCCCCUCAUCACUCCCCUACACCAUCUCCCAGUCAUUCACCCAGGAGAAGUGUCACAGAGGAUACCUGGAUUGGUUUGUCAUAUUCUGCUCCUAGUGCUUCUCCAUCCCAGUGCUUCCAGGAGACUGCUGUACCCUUAAAAACGAGAAAAACCUCUGAAGACCAAAGUGCCACAUUGCUAGGAAACGUUGAUGUUUGUGCUGAGGAUCAAGGUAAUUUAUCACCAACCCGUGAGACGCCUACAGAGGAUAAUGCAGGUUCUCCCCAUCUGCUCAAGAAGGACUCGUCUAAUGAUCAGUUUUUGUCUGUUCCUUCACAUUUUACAUGGAAUAAACCAAAGUCUGGACACACUCCUAUAUUUCGGACUUCAUCUCUGCCCCCAUUAGACUGGCCCUUACCCAGCCAUUAUGGGCAGUGUGAACUGAAGGUGGAAGUACAGCCAAAGACCCAUCAUCGAGCACACUAUGAAACCGAAGGUAGUCGUGGAGCUGUGAAAGCUUCUACUGGUGGUCAUCCCGUUGUGAAGCUGGUAGGUUAUACGGAGAAGCCUGUUAACCUGCAGAUGUUUAUUGGAACAGCAGACGACCGUUACUUGAGGCCUCACGCGUUUUACCAGGUGCACAGAAUAACUGGGAAAACCGUAGGUACUGCAAGCCAAGAGAUUAUCCUAGCAAGCACGAAAGUUCUGGAAAUCCCGCUCUUACCAGAAAACAAUAUGUGUGCCAGCAUUGACUGUGCUGGGAUUUUAAAGCUGCGGAAUUCUGAUAUUGAAUUGCGUAAAGGAGAGACGGACAUUGGCAGGAAGAAUACCCGGGUGCGCCUGGUGUUCAGAGUGCACAUACCCCAGGCAAAUGGAAAAGUUCUCUCUAUACAAACUGCUUCCAUACCCAUUGAAUGUUCCCAGCGAUCUGCCCAGGAAUUACCACAGGUGGACAAAUAUAAUCUAAAUAGUUGCUCAGUUAACGGUGGGAUGGAGAUGAUUAUCAUAGGUUCCAAUAUCGCGCCUGAGUCCAAAGUCAUUUUCGUGGAGAAGGGACAAGAUGGUCGGCCGCAGUGGGAAGCCGAAGCAAAAAUUGUAGCUGAAAAGAGACAAGUUAUGAAUGAAGUCGUCGUUGAAAUCCCUCCUUACCACAACAAGUCAAUUGUGUCAGGAGUUCAAGUGCAGUUUUAUCUAUGCAACGGGAAAAGAAAACGUAGCCAGUCCCAGCGUUUUACCUAUACACCAGUUGUACUAAAAAGAGAACAUGCCGAAGAGGAGGAUCUGCCAUCAACAUCUGUAUCCCUGCCCCAUGUAUCAAGUGUUUCUAAUCAACAAUCCUUGCACUCUGAUAGGUCUUCUGCCGAUCAGAGACCUAACCAUGAUAAUCUUAUGUCCGCUUUGGAUCGAAGUCUAGGAUGCCCGGCUCAACCUACAUACCCAUCCCUGGUGAAUCAUGGAGUUCCCCGCCUUACACAAGGUAGGAACUUGAAUGGGAGAGCAGAAUGCCUCCCUCCAGCAUUACAACAGUCGUAUCAUGUAUCAGCUUCAACCACCAGGUCUUCCUAUUCAUCUAUGCAGUCUAAUGUAAUUUACAAUGGACAGUCCAGUCUUCCGUUGAAUUCAGUCCCUGCUCAGGGGUAUGAUGCACUGUCAUUUCAAGAAGCAGGUAUUUCUCACUUGGUCAACCAUGGUCAUCAGUCCUUGGCAAUGAUGCAGUACCAUACAUCAAGAUUAAGUCCUUCCACCUCAUCUCCUGCCAUCCUUGAUCCAUUGGCCCAUGCAGUGCAAUCAUCACAUCUCCAGCAGAUUGGCUACUCUUGUCCAAACACUGGUCAAAGUACCAUUCCAUCACCUUCAACGAGUCCGUCGAUUGGGCAUCUACCACUUCAGCUUUCAUCUGCUUCCUACCACCUGACAAAACCAGGCCCUACCUCUUCCUUUACCAAUUCUAAUACAAAUUCAUUAACACAAUCACCACUGUCUAGUCCAUCUUCUCCUCAAAUGCAGCCUAUCCCAUACGAAUCACCAACAUCAAGUGUAAAGGCUUCAUCACCAUCUCCCACCCCUCUGGUUCAUUCUGGACAACUGCCUUCUCAAACCCACAGCCCUGGACUGGGUAGCCUUCCCCACACUGUCACUCUUGGGCACCAUGCAAUUCAGGACUCCUCACCAUUUCACCAUGAUGGCACUUCUCUGUCUGUUAAACCUGAGCCUGAGGACGGUGAUCUGAACUUCCAGUCAAUUGGCUUGCAGGACAUCACUUUGGAUGAUGUUAAUGAGAUCAUAGGACGUGACAUGUCUCAUGGAGCCGCUAGGAUACAAAGAGAAUGCCAUAAGCCUCUGGAGUCAGAUACCUGAUCAUAAAGAAUGACACAGCUACAAUGAAAAAGUCUAUGGUUGUCCCUAUCUCACCCUAACAUGUCUCUGAAUUUCUGUGCUUCCAGCUUUGUUGCCUUUACGUCUCCUUCUGGAGGCUUUUUACUCUUGAAAAUUCUCCAUAAUGUAAAUCAUGGACACAAGUAGCUGCUUGCAAGUAUUUCACAGUUGCUGUUAAAUUUCUUAAAGAAUUUUAAGCUGCGUUGAAGUUUUUUUUCUCAGCUGUUAGGAAUGUGACAUUUGCAUCCCUAUCAAGGAUUGUGAAUGGUUAAGACUGAAAGUUUGUUUAAAGGCUAUGGACACCUUGCACUUUUUUUUCUUUCUUUGCUUUUUUAAAUACAAAAGUAAGCAAAUUUGUAAGUAGUCUUCUUAAAAAAUGUCCUGCCAUUUGGCCGCAGUGGAGUUUUUGCAUCUCCUUCACCCAGCUGGCCACCUUUUUGAAUUUGACAGAGCACAGUGGCUCCUUUUUUUUUUUUUUUUUUUUUUGGGCUCUUUGUGAUCCCCUCCCUUCUUUCAAUGUUAGAAAUAGCAGCAGGGAGGGGGAGAAUGUUAUACACAGCAGAUCACCGGGGCAGGAGCAGCCAUGUUUUCGAGUAGAACAGCCCACAGGCUGUAGGUAGGAAUAAAAGCACACACAAGUCAGUUUUUGAGGAAGUGGACAGUGGAUCACAUAGGCUAUGUUCAAUAGUAGAGAGAAAUCUGAGCAGCCACUAGAAACUACAGCGGGAGGGAGAUCACACACCCAGCCACAGUGUCUUAAGAGCACAAGGGGAAGAGAUCCCUGUAGAAGUAAGAAAUGCAUAAAGGUAUUAAACUAUGCUAAUACAUGAGAGCUAGUGAAGACCGUUAGCAUCCUGGACACACAGAUCCAGCAUGUAUUACUGGAAGGAAAACAUCCGAAUGAGAAAAGUUUUCAACUAGGAGCAGGCUGCAAACAUCGGGGAGGAUGAAAACAGAUCAAGGAAUGAAGCUUGAAGCCUGAAACUUAGUGCAUUUUUUUUUUUUUUUUUUUUAUUUUUACUCAAGGUAACAUACUACAUACCGUAAGUAUUUUUUUUUAUGUCACAGGUGUCCAUAGUCUUUAAAUUGUCACUGUCAUUGCAUUAAUAUAUAAAUGAAUGCCUCGAGUUCACGCUGAUUUUUUAUUUAUUUAUUUUUUCAUGUGUUUUUUUUUUUUUUUUUCUGUGUGCGCACAGAACGCAAACCUUUCUGCAGGGCAAAGGUUGCCACUAGGGGGAAAAGACUGAACUCUAAACCCAUCUAGAGUUUGACUUUUAUGUCUUGUAUACAAGGAGGGGAACAUCCUUUUCUAACAUUGUCAGUGUAAACUACGGCAUUCAUUUCUAUGCAAAAUAUAGUGAUGUUGACAUUUGAAUAUGAAAAGCUGCAAAUAUAAAAUAUAAAUACAUGUAAAAGGAUUUCAUUCCAUCGUCACACAUGAGAACAAAUUUGUAAAAGCUAUUCAACUGUUCAGAGGAAGUUCCACUUUUGUGCUGCUUCUGUAGAAGUUGGGAUUUGCAGAAUGUGAAAAUGUUUGAAAAUUCAUGUUUUUAUUUACCUUGACAUUUUGUGUUGAUGGAUAUAGUAUCCAGGUGCUUGUCAUUAGGUCCCACAAUUGGAUUAUAUUAUCUGAAUCACCACUGCGAGAGAAAGGAGAGGGGAACACGCUGAUGUAGGGCCCGGCUCAAUGCUUAGUUGGCAUUGAUGACUGUAAAAAUGUGACAAAUUUUACAUUGGUAUUUGAACUAUAGCAUGGAACAGCUAUUUACUGAAUUCCUGUAGAGCUGCACAAAAGCCUAGAAUCAGAGCCAUUCUAGCUGUCGAUUUAUUUUUUAUAUAUUCUAGAAAAUGAACAGAAACUAGCUGUUAAUUGCUAGGGCGGCUAUUUACAAUUUUAAAUUAUAGAUCACUAGUCAUGGGAAUCACAUGAAAUACCGACAGGCUCCCUUGUUAGAAAUGUGUAUAGGGAGGGACCUGUCAAGGGGGCAGCUCCCCAAGAUUGAAAUUUCUCCUAUUCUUGGCCUUUUUUUAAACUUGUUUUUAGCUGUUGGUAACUAGAGAGCCUGUUGGUAUUUCGUGCUGCCUGUGGAGCAGACAGCACAAAUCUCCUGGCAGGUUCCCUUUAUGGGUAGCGAAGAGUUUGAUGAGUUUUUACUGUUGUAUUUAUAUUUUGUUUGCAGCUAUCAAUCUUUUCUUGUGUAAUUGGCCAUAUUGUGUGUAAAGCGCUGUGCCUUCAAAACAAACUGCCGUAAAUUAAGGGUACUUCCGAUGCUAGUCACGAGGUGGUUGCCCAACCUGAGAUGCAGGGACUUUAACACCAGUGCACACAUAUACUAAACAGACCUCCUUGUAGCCCAGCUUAAUAAAUUGUUGAUAUAUGUACCAGGGAUGGCCUAGUAGUACAACAGGAGUUCAGAUUAAUUUAUAAUAUAUGGUGCUCCGCGUCACUGCAAACCCAGACCGGAGAUUGUUGGAGUGAGGGCAGUUUAAUUUUGCAGGAUAUAAAGAGUUUCCGUCACUUUUUUUAGCAGUCUUCUAGCUUGCUUUUAGUGUGUUUACUGUCAAAAUCGGUGGGGGAAGAACUUCUCGUCUCCUCAAUAUGUUAACUCUCUUAAAUGUGUUCCUUUCUGAAAAACUGGGGCAUUUAGGACUUGUAUGCAACUGACUUUGAGGGGAGGAGCUUUUUUUUUUUUUAAUAGUGAGUGUGUGUGGUCUCUCAGGAUUAGAAGCUUGGCAAAUCAGGUAGACCUUUGUUUCAUCUUGAGCAUCAGCAAAGGAAUAUUCAUUUCUGUAUGCAAGUUUCAAUUGUUUGCAAAUCCUAUGGUAAUCAGUCCUGUUUUGUACCAGGGACUAGGAACAUGUCUGCUCCUUUAAACUUGCGUUGUUUGUAGAUGUUUUCUUAUGUGCAAACAUUUUGUUUUUUUUAAAUAUAGCCCCUUAAAGAAUUUGGUAUAACAAGGGUUGCCCUCAGUUUGUUUGUAUUUAAUAAUUUAAAAUGUUCUUACUUUAGGAAAUCUCUAGCAGGAUAAAUAAAAUUGGUCCAUGUAAAUGUUAUGUGUAGAGAGCACAUUAAACACGGGGUAUGGCUGAGUAAAACAAAUACAAUGUAUUUUCUUACAAUUUGAAAAUUGUAGUAAAUGUAUGUGUGUUUAAAUUGCUGCGUUUUCUAAUUAUGAGGCAAGAAAAACUUAUUGAGCUACACAUUUUAAUACUGUAACAAUGUGAAUAUUUUGAACCAAAGUAAAAUUAUCCAAAUAAAAGCAAUUAAACAAAAA